AUGUCGGACCUGGGCUCCGAGGAGUUGGAGGAGGAGGGAGAGAAUGAUAUCGGGGAAUACGAGGGGGAUCGGAAUGAGGCAGGUGAACGGCAUGGACACGGGAAAGCGAGACUACCCAAUGGGGACACAUAUGAAGGGACCUAUGAAUUCGGUAAAAGACAUGGCCAGGGGAUCUACAAAUUUAAAAAUGGUGCUCGAUACAUCGGAGAAUAUGUUAAAAAUAAAAAGCAUGGUCAAGGCACUUUUAUAUAUCCAGAUGGAUCGAGAUUUGAAGGGGAGUGGGUGGAUAACCAGAGGCAUGGCCAUGGUGUGUACUACUACGUCAACAAUGACACCUACACUGGAGAGUGGUUUGCUCACCAAAGGCAUGGGCAAGGCACCUAUUUCUAUGCAGAGACGGGCAGUAAGUACGUCGGGACCUGGGUGAACGGACAGCAGGAGGGUGCAGCUGAGCUCAUUCACCUGAACCACAGGUACCAGGGCAAAUUCUUGAACAAAAAUCCUGUUGGCCCUGGAAAGUAUGUGUUUGACAUUGGAUGUGAGCAGCAUGGUGAAUAUCGCUUAACCGACAUGGAAAGAGAAGAGGAAGAGGAGGAGGAGACGUUAGCAGCUGUCAUUCCAAAAUGGAAAGCUAUCAAAAUCACAGAAUUGGCUCUGUGGACACCGACCCUCCGUGAGGAGCCGCCACGUAUGGAGGAGGCCGUCGAGGAAGAAGCACCAGGUGCUGAGGGUGUGGGAGAGCCCGUGGAGGAUGUUCAGACUCUGAUGGACGUUUCCGAGGAAGACACGGAUUUGAUGAGACCUGGAGAUGAAGAUGCAGACGCCAUCCAGGAGGACCACUGGGACGAGUUCCGCUAUGACAUGGCCCUGGGAAAUGUUAGUUUUGAGGAAGAAGAGACCAGACAAUCGGAUGUGCCAGAGUAA